CGCAGCGCGGGAGGCUUGAAUCGCUGGAGGCCGACGCCAAGCCCAAGGCCCGCGCUUCUCCCGGCCGGGGGGUCGCUGGUCAGGAGGGGCGAGGCCGCGCCCGGGCUGCCCGCUCCAGCCCCGCUCCAUGGAGGCCCGCGGGGAGGAGCUCCGCGCCCUGGAGGCCGAGGUCGCAGCCUUGCGGCAGGCGUGCGCGCGGGCGCGCUGGGGAGACGCCCCCGGAGCCGGACAUCAGCUACGAUCUGAAGGAUGGAACUCUUCUGAGGAUCUGAAAAGGCAUAUUGGACAGUUAGAAUCAGAACUUGCAUUUCUAAGUAAACUUACUGGCAUCAACAUAACGAAAUGUUCGAAGAAUACAGAAGAGAUAAUAAGCGCUGAGAUGAAAGAAGCUGGUAUAAAGAAAAUUCUACAAAAACACAGAUUAUCAGGACAUUGCCACAUGAUUACAUUUGAACUUGAAUUUCAGGUUCUGGAAAUACAGAAUAAAGAGAAUUCGUCUUCCGUUAUUACUGAUCUCAAUAUAAUAGAACCCACCAACUAUCCAGAAUUAAGUGAAUUUGUUUCUAGAGUAAAAGAAAGGAAAGAUCUUGUCUUAUUUUUCCAGACCCUACACUUUUUUGCGGAAUGCUUUGAACACCGUAUGCGCACAUUUAAACAUUUCAAGGAAAAGUACCCAGGAACUGUGCGUCUCUACGAGGGGCCCGCGGGCAGCAGCAUGGGCAUCCAGAGCGGCAGGCCGCCCAGGUUUGAAUUCCUCAUUGUCUGGAUGAUACAAGUAGAUGAGCGGGGAAAAGUGUGGCCCCAGCUGGACCUUCUCCCGCAAGCACCGGUGCAAGCCCUGAAGCUGGACAAGAACAGGACCUUGGAAGCAGCGCCACUCAGCUUCCGCAGCAUGCUAGAGGUGCUGGGCGUCGAGGGGACGCUGGAAGGCCUGAUCACAGCCCUCAGCCCCCCGGCGAGCGCGUAGGAGCCACACACGCCCUUCCCGAGGAGCCACAGGAGCCGCUUCCCACUCAGAACCCAUUUUCUGCACUGCUCGGCCUCCACACAGCAGUGAUGGUGCCUUACAUAUACCUGUUGUGACGUGUACAAUAAAGCUCAUUACAAACGCCAGGCAAGUGUAAGUGUAGUGGAUGCUGUCGAAUUAGCCAGGACGUUGGGAAAAGAGCAGGGGAAUGGCCGGCCCCACACACGUCUGAGUCGUCAUCCACUUGGUGCUCCUGGAGGCAAAACAUUUCUGGAACAUUCCUCAGAUGGCCAAGAGAGAU